UGUGACAGCCGGAAGUAGGUUUGUGAGUGGCAGCAGGAGCGAGCUUCAAAAGCCGGUGCAUCUCCUUCGGCCUUUUCGUGAAAUAUCGUUGGAUUUGGAGGCUCCAUGGCGGCGAAAGGGACCAGUCUGUGCUCGGUGUGCUGUCUGCUGCUCUACGCGGUCACGGUGGUGCUCGCGGGGCGUGACUUUUAUAAGAUUUUGGGAGUAAGCAAGACUGCAUCUAUCAGGGACAUCAAGAAGGCUUACAGAAAACUGGCUCUUCAGUUACACCCAGACAGAAACCAGGACGACCCCAAAGCUCAGGACAAGUUUGCAGAUUUGGGGGCAGCCUAUGAGGUGCUCUCAGAUGAGGAGAAAAGAAAACAGUACGAUGCCUACGGGGAAGAUGGGCUCAAAGAAGGCCACCACGGCUCCCAUAAUGACAUCUUCUCCAGCUUCUUUGGAGAUUUCGGGUUCAUGUUUGGAGGAAACCGGCAGCAACAGGACAGAAAUAUCCCACGGGGGAAUGACAUUAUUCUGGAUUUGGAGGUCACUCUAGAAGAGGUGUAUUCUGGGAACUUUGUUGAGGUCGUACGCAACAAACCAGUCGCCAAAGAAGCCCCUGGGAAAAGAAAAUGUAACUGCCGACAGGAGAUGAGGACCACACAGCUCGGACCGGGACGUUUCCAGAUGACCCAAGAGAUGGUCUGUGAUGAGUGUCCCAACGUCAAAUUGGUGAAUGAGGAACGCACUUUAGAAGUUGAGAUCGAGCAGGGCGUACGAGACGAGAUGGAGUAUCCGUUUAUCGGGGAAGGUGAGCCUCACAUCGAUGGAGAACCUGGUGACCUGCGUUUCCGUAUUAAAGUUCUAAAACAUCCAGUGUUUGAGAGAAGAGGUGACGACCUGUUCACAAACGUCACCAUUUCACUGGUGGAGGCUCUGGUCGGCUUUGAGAUGGACAUCGUUCAUUUAGACGGACACAAGGUGCACAUCAUAAGAGACAAAGUCACUAAGCCCGGCGCUCGGAUGUGGAAAAAGGGAGAGGGUCUGCCAAACUUUGACAACAUCAACAUUCGUGGUUCACUAAUUAUUACAUUUGAUGUGGAGUUUCCUCAGACACAAUUCGAUGACAAGCAGAAAGAAGGAAUCCGGAAAAUUCUGAAGCAGGAUUCAGUACAAAAGGUUUACAAUGGACUACAGGGAUAUUAACAGCUCCACACAGACUGCACCUGCCCCUCCCAUCCACAGGGGGGCAGUAACUGGAGCGAGUCGGGCUCUGGCCCGGGUCUAUUUAUUACUUUCGUAAUGUUCUCAGGAUGGCGUCAAUCCUAUUUGUUUUUAUUUUGUGUUUUGCCUGAAGUAGUGCAUAGUUUGUUUCUAUUUGAUUGGCUACAAUUGAAAACACACAAUGUCGUACCAUCAGGACGUCCCUUAUGAUGCGAGUGGAUCAUGUGACACAUCAUUAUACCUGACCCCAAACCUUCGGCACGCGAGCACCACACAUUUUCAAAUUAAUUUUACUUUUGCUUUCAAAACUUUGUUUCAGUCGAUGUCCCUAGAUAAAACCUUUGGUUCUUUUAAGAAUAUUUUUAUGAAUGUAAACGUCACCUGGAGGAACUGGGUCAAACCUGCUUCACUGAUUUUUGUAAAUGGGGAAGCAGAAGAUGUUGUGUGUGUGUGUGUUAAACACUGUGGUAGGAGCUGAGCUCUGAACAGUGCACUUUUAUUUUGGGCCAGUCUUCAGUCUGACAGAUGUUUGUGACACUUCUGCCUCUUCUUUCUUAAAGGCGCCUGAACAAAUGAGAUUCAUCUUUGUUUCUGUUCAAACUUUUACUUUUGGACUCUUUUGUAAACGUGAAACUUCUGCCUUCUUGUUUCCAGACUCCUUAAAUGUGAAUAAUUUGGCCCUUUUUAUGGAGUGUUCUUUGGGGGGUGGGAUAAUUUGACUGACAAAUAAAAAUUUGUAGAAAUUCUU